GCCUGGACCCGCACGCUGUCCUGAUGUGCAGCCCAUCCCAGGCUGAGAUGGAGCGGGGGGCGGAGAUGCAGACACAGUGGCAGCCGGCUCAGCAUCAGCUCGUACAGGAUACUGAGAAGUCAAUGUCCAUCUUGGACAUGUCUCCAUCUCCUAGACGCAGUGGAGUGCAUACCUCUUGGAAUGAUGGCACAUCAGACAUUCACUACUUCCUUCCGUGCACAGAGCUGGAGAGGAUCCCUUUGGCCUUAGCUGAGGCUCCCAGGCAGAAUGCAAGUGAAACGGGGCCACAGUUCAGUAUGAUGCUGCCUGAGCAUGGUGUGAGCUACUGCUCCCAAGUGACUCGCACUCCUUCCCAGAUGAUUUACUGUGAGGGAAUGUCUCCCUCCCAGCCAGGCAUGGUGAUUUUCAGGGGGCCCCAGAUGAUGCCCUUAGGAGAGCCCAGUACUCCAGGGGUGGCCAUGACCUUUGGUGGGAAUCUAAGGAUGCCCCGCAGUGGGCCGCCAGUUUCAGCUCCCAGUGGAAUCUCAGUGACAUCCCACAUCAGUGUUCCAUCAAUGCCUUAUUCUGGCCCCCCCACAGUACCUUCUAACAGAGACUCUUUAACACCUAAAAUGUUACUGGUCCCAACCAUGCCUUCUACUGAGGCCCAGGCAAUGCUUCCUUCUUUGACUCAGAUGUUGCCCCCUAAAGAACCCCAUGACUUUAGGAUGAGCCCAGCUGGGUCCCCAUCAUUUCUGGCUUUAGAAUCCCAGGACUCUCUCAGCCAGCCAGGCUCCCAGGAAGACCCCUUACCCAAGCAGCACAUGCAUGCCCCCCUGAAAGCAGAGCGGAACUCCAGGUCCCAGGAAAGGGCUCUCAGGAGGAGAUCCCCGGUUUCAAGGCCUUACUGCUGCCAAUAUGAAAGCUGUGGAAAAGCUUAUACUAAGCGCUCCCACCUUGUGAGUCACCAACGCACACAUACAGGUGAGAGGCCCUAUAAAUGCAUGUGGGAAAGCUGUAUGUGGUCUUUUUUCCGUUCUGAUGAGCUUGGACGACAUAUGCGGAUACACACCAGAUACCGACCGCAUAGAUGUGAUCAAUGCGGCCGACAAUUCAUGAGAUCUGACCAUCUCAGGCAACACCGAAGGAUUCACCAACGGGUGCCAGGAUCCCCAGACCUCCAGGCCAGCAAUGAACAGAUGGCUGGUCCUCCUGCUGCUGGUCUUUAGACGAAUCUCCUCUCCUCAUCUUGGUUUCUCUACCCAGAUCUCGCCUGCCUCUGACCAGAUAGUCUUCAGUAGGAAUAGGCUUAGAUGAAGACAGAGAAAGAUUAUGAGGUGGUGUUAAAGCCUAUAUGAGCUCUGGACCCAGUCAGAGACUCCUUGGAACUGUCUUGCGUGCCCUCGCCUCUCUGGGGCCACCUACUUUUGCCAAGGUUAGCCACAUGGGAAAACGAAGGAAAGUAGAGAUUGGGAGCUUUAUCCAAAAGCUCUUUAUCUUGUGUCACUGCCCAGCUUGAAACUCUUCAGCGACUUUCCUUCACCUGCUACAUAAAAUCCAACUUCCUUAUCUUGGUCUUCUAUAGUUUCCAGAACCAGACUAUGUUUAAAUCCUGAAUUUACCACUUACUAGCCAUGUGACCUGGGAAAAGGUGUUUGGUCACUAUGCCAUGUUUCCUCAUCUGGUACACAAGAAAAACAGUGUUGGACUGUUUUGGACCCAUCUUAGGUACUGAAUCAGAUUCUCUUUGGCACUCAACAGCCACAUGUCCAGAGAUUGUUUCUCCUAUAGCUUCGAGACUUGGAUGGAAUGCCACACUGCAGGGCAUGGGAUCUGGCAUCUCAGGUUGCUAUAUUAGCAGCCCAGAAGUGUGGGGGAGUAAAUGCUCCUGAAAUAACAUUUAAUUAAUGGGAGAUGGGAGAGACUCAGGCGGAUCAAGUACCUUCUUCCCUCCCUUUCCUCGGGAGCUGCAAGGCACUGUUUCUCCAAUGGGAAGAUUGCCCGAGUAGCCAUUGGACACACCUGCUGUGUUUCUUCAAGGCUUGUCAUGAAGCAGGACCCAACUGCUAUCAGUUUGCAUUACCAUCAGUUCUUCCCUGCCUUGCUUCCCUUUUCUCACUCGGUGUCCUGGGUUUGCACCUCUCAAAUAAAAC